UUUGGCCGAAAUAUAUCGACGUUGUGGAAUUGGCUUUUGGUAAAGACGAAUCUGUAUACAAAAGUGCAUCACCAACGAAUAAUUCAGGCGCUGUGAGGGUACCAUCACACCUAAUUAUUCAUUCAAUGGAAGACGAGUUGGUGGAUUUUGAUCAGAGUUAUAAUUAUUUUGAACAUGUGAUGAAAUGCGGUGGAAUCGACCUGGAGAUGAAUAACUCUCUCGAGGGGACUCAUGAGGGCAUUUUACAGACCGACGAACUAGUAAAUGUAGUUGUGAAAUUUAUAUUGAUCGAGGAAUCAAAAGAAUGA